UAUUAGGAAAAACCAAGCCUCCCCUUAGGAAUGGCACUUGUCUGAGAGUUUCCUCAGCACACAGCUCCUGAAAAGCCACCAGGCUUGUGAAAGGAGAACAGAGGGGCUAUUGGGAUACAAAUUACAGCACUCUCAGGAUUUGCCCGACAGAGCGGCCGAUGUAAGUUUCUCUACCUGAGCUUGGUAACUCACUGUCUCUUUCUCUCUCCCCCUCUUUCUCUCUCCUUUUUAAAACACAUCUGACAGUUUUCUCCUUCAGUAGUUUUCUUUCACCCUUCCACUGAGCUUUGGGUGAAGAAUUACAGAUUGAAAAGGCAGCCAAUUUGGGGUGGGGGCUAAUUUCUUUUACGUUAGGGAACCAGCUAGGUGCCUGUGCCAACUUUAUUUUUAGGUAUUGCUUUCCUGAGGUUGGUUAAUGUCUGACAGGGUUGAAAAGUGAUAGAAGCUUCAAAUUUUCUAGAAGUUUUGUAACAUACGUAUAUUAGAUAUAUGCAAUUCACAUAAACUUUAAGAAUAAUAAUAUCUGGAGCGUAAGUGAACCAGGAAGGGAAUAUGAAGCCAAAAUAUUUCCAACCCACUCUAUGAUGCCUUUUACCUGGUCUGCUUCAAAUGGCGCAGUGUGUUUGAGACGCACUCCGAAUACACUAAUUCUUACACAAUCAUGAGGCAUUUUGUCUGGAUCCUUUAAUACUUAUAACCACCCAUUUCCCCCCAACUGCUGAUAUUCUUGACUCCAAUAUCAAAGCAAGUUAAGAAACUGCAGGCAUAUUUGGGAUUUGGAAGGAGAAAUUAAGAAAUAGGUCUUGUUUUUUGGUCUUCACCCUCUUGAAGACCUCCCCAAUCUUUGUUUGUAGAUAACAUGUAUACCAAAAAAAGCGGAUUCUCAUGUUAGAGAAACUUUAUGGCACAUGUCAGAAGUUUCCAGCUAAUUAGAAUGUUCUCCACUCACAUUUGAUCACGGCUUUUGCAGGUCCCAUAAAACAACAUGUUAAUGCGGUAGGGUCCACAGAUUUUUAUUAAGUAUGUACCAAAUCCUUUCCAGAUUAUUCGGAUAUUUUGAACUUUUUUAGCUUUAGUGUUCAUUUAGACCUUUUUUGUGUGUGUGGUUCCAGUUGGAAGACGUUGGUACCUGAGGAGUAAAACAAAGAGGAAACAAUGACAGACGAUCAAGACCUUUCUGAGGUGGAGAUGAGUCCUGUGGGUUCUGAAGACCACCACUGCCUCUCUCCAGGACCUUCCAUGGCAUCAGAUGCUAGCUCUCACCUUAGCAACCCCAGCAGCGGUGAGAUGGGGAAGGUGAAGAAGGAACAGCAGGACUCAGAAGCGGACGACGACAAGUUCCCAGUGUGCAUCAGGGAGGCAGUGAGCCAGGUUCUGAGUGGCUACGACUGGACCCUGGUGCCCAUGCCUGUGCGGGUCAAUGGAAGCAGCAAGAGCAAGCCCCAUGUCAAACGGCCCAUGAAUGCCUUCAUGGUGUGGGCACAAGCGGCCCGGAGGAAGCUGGCAGAUCAGUAUCCUCACCUCCACAAUGCAGAGCUCAGUAAGACGCUUGGGAAGCUCUGGAGGUAAGAAUGGCUGGGAGAAAGACAUCAUAUAAGAUGAGGGCAAACUGGGGUGCACUAGGGAGUGGUGGAAGCUCAGCAGGCAUCGGUUGGUUGGUUUUAACUUUUGCUUUGAUGUGGUGAUAAGGGGAGAGCAGGUGGGGUGAUCCAGGAAAUAAGGCACAGAUAAGUGGCAUAGAGAGCAAAGCAUAGAAGGCACUUUCUUUCUUGAUUACAUGCUGCCAGUAUAAAACUCGGUCCACGUUUUGAUUUGACCUGUGCUCCUACUCCAUUGCAAGGCCCAGUUAAUCUGGCCGCUAAGCCACAGUCCCAGCAGUUGGGUUUUCAGAAACUGCAUACUUCACCUUCUCCUCUUGACCUGUUGCGUUCCUUCUUUCUACUACACUUUUGGAGUUCUUCUUCAGUUUUAUCCCCUAGUAAAAUCACGAGUCUCUCCUCUGCUACAUGCUGUUUAUCCAACAGUUCUGAAGUCCAAAACAAGCAGUGUCAUGGUGGUGAAAUUAAGGGAAAGAUUAAUUUGAAAAUGUAAAGUUGACAGCUUUCAUGGCUGAGAGAAAAGAAACUUGAUUUUCAUGGAACAAAGGCUGAGCAGCAAAAUGACAAAAUUGUGCUCCCCUGUACGCAAGCUGGUUUUCAUUUCAUGAUUUUGAGCCAAUCUUUGAUUUGUGAAAGUUCAAAUUGGAGUGUUUGGAAUUUGACAUUCUGUGUCUGUUGAGUUUUCUAGCCUGGCAUUUGUUUGUGUUUGCGUUUUUUGUUUUUAAAAACUUCCUUAAAUGUAUUUGUACCUGUCUUGAAGACAGAGUGAGCUGCUGUUGGCAUGGCGGGAAGGAAGGAGCAGGUAUGGCAAAGGACAGAAACUCAGCCCCCUGUUACAGACCAUCCCAUUGUUGUUUAGUCACAGAUAUCGAUAAUUGGUGAUUGCCUGAAGGUGAUUUGGAUUUGGAAUUUGGCAACUGUGAAAUAUACGAACAAUGAAGAGUCGUGGGGUGGGGGGAGGCUAAUGGAGCGAUAAACAAGGCUUGUAAUAAAAGGCUGAUGGAGAGAUAAGGAAACACAAUCAGAAUAUAAGAUCCCUUAUAUUGCCACUGAGCAAUCUAUGCCAAUGCAUUGCUUCUGGCUAAUUGGACUCUGAGAAUUUGGGGUUGUUUCUUUUUAUGGAACAACAUGUUACUCCAACCAUAGUAGAAACAAGCCAGUGUCCACUCAGGUAGCGAGAAGGCACUUUAUGUUCCUAUUCAGGUGCACAUAUGUUCAUACAGUAAAUCUUUGAAGACAACAUUCCUUUGCAAACUUGGGAGUAAUCCCAAUUGAACAUACCGGAACUCACUUCUAAGUAAGCAUGCAUAGGAUUGUACUGUUCAAGACUUUCCAGAUUAUCUGUUUGUUGUGCGGCUCUUGCUCGCCAUUUACAUGGAAUCUAAGCAUCUUACAUUAAGGAAGCAACACUGUUUCAGAGACAUCACAUUUCCCUGGCAUUCAAGUAACAGUAUGUUGCAGGUGGGGGAAUGUGAUUAUUUACUCCACCUAAGAGGACUGUUGUUGUUUGGAGCAGUGUCUAGAAUCAUGCAGUUGUGAGAAUGUCGUGGGCACCUACUGGACAGUGUCCAUGCCCUCAUGCAUUAUGGCAGGCACAACUCUGCCUCCAACUCACGUUCUCCAAAUGCUAACCUGCAAAGAGAGGGCUAGCAAGUUGGAGCUGAAAAUAGCAAUCCUUGAGGCAGAGAAGAACCUUGUUCGUUUUGUGCCCACAGCAGCCAGUCUCCACAUGCCUUGCCUUGAGGCUUUAUCUGGACUUAUUGCUUUGGUAGAUUUGAUAAGAAGCUCCUGAACACUUAAUUUUAGCUGGUUUCCUUCCCAAGUGAAUCCUGACUUUGCAGGCAAAAUACUUCUCCAGAACAUACAUCAGAAUUUUUUUUCUUUUUUUAAUUGGUACCUCCCUUGGCACAAAGGCUGGUUGUGCAUUUUGUGGGGAUGGGCACUGCAUUAUUGCAUUGGCACUGGACUUGUAAAGCUCUCCUGUGAGAUUUGAAAUGCAGUGGGGCUGUUCAUCCAUGUAAACCUUUAAGAACGAAUUCCACCAAGGCAGGAUAUCCCUUCUACUUCAGCUUGCAGUACUCUGACAGCUUAAAUAUUCAAAACCCACAGAAAAAAAAACUUGAGUUAGGCUUGAGCAAAGCUUAAAUUAUUUUCUGUUUGAGUUGAAUCCUUGAGGUUAUGGUAAGGAUUUCAGCUUUUAUCUGAAAAUCUGAUUAUUAGAAAAUACCUUCAAGACAAAACAAAAUGGAAGACGCAGAGUUUUUUCUUUUUUAAAAAAUAAUUAUUAUCACAUGACUCUUGGUUUUGAGUGAACAGAUUAGAUAUAUGCAACAUGCUGAAAUCUUAAGAUCCGGCCACCCUGUGGGUUUUCUCUCUCUCUUUUUUUUCAAAUUCUUCUCCCAUCCACACCCUAACUGCCAUUCCUUCAUCUAAAUAAGCAGGGACCUAGUUCAUGUGAUUAGCUUUGCUGAGCAAUUUGUCUAUGGAAAGCCAUGCAGAAUCCAUGUGAUUGCUGCAGGGCCAAGAAUUCCACUUCUUUUCAGGCUUCUUUAUAGGAAGGUCUGUAGCUCAGUGGUAGGGCAUCUGCUUUGCACGCAGAAGGUCAUGGGUUCAGUCCCUGGCAUCCCUAGGUAGGAUGGGGAGAGAUUCCUGGACAGAAACCCUGGAGAGCCCUUGCCAGUCAUUGUAGACCAGGGUUUCUCAAAGUAAUCAGUACUGACCCCCUGAAGGUUGAUGAGACUCUUCAGGGAAUGUAUAAAGACCCAUGGGUCAAAAGGUGAUCAUGGAAGUUUCUGAGAUACAGUACAAAAAAAUUAAUUAGGAAUUACGAGCCUUGGAAAUAAAGGCCGUGGGCAUGUACAGAGUGCACUUCCCUUGCCAAUGAUUAAAGGUGAGUGAUUGUUAAUAAAUAUCAAUUAUAUCUUGAUCUAUUUUCAUCUUAUUUCAUUUACAUUACAAAGAAUUUGGGAUGGGGUUGAUGACGACUUUAUAAGCUCAUCAGUGAGUCAAUGAACUCAGAGGUUUGGGAAAUCUUGUUGUAGAGACAAUACUGAGCUCAGCGGUCUGACUCAGUAUAAAGCAACUUCCUAUAUGGAGAAAUGCUUUUUCACUGCCACGUUAGACUGGUCAGAGACACACCCCUUUCUGACCCUGAGGUUUCCCCCCCCCCUUAUGGCAAUUCAUAAGAAUUCAGACUGAGCUUCAGUUAAAGGGUUUGGGUCUCCAUUCUUUCCGCCAUGUUACAUCUGACAGAUAACCCUCUUUCUACGUCUAGUGGGCACGAAGCUGAAAUAUUAAAUACAGACAUUCAAAGGCAGGACCUUUGGGUUAUUUCCACAGUUUGCCUCUGUGGUGACAGAGAAUAGCGCCCAUCGGAACCUUUUCCUCUGUCUAUCAAACCACCUCUCUUUUCCUAAGUCUUCCUGCAGUACAACUCAAACAAAAUGGCUUCCUCAAAGAAUUAAAAUGGAGAAAUGUGGCAGACCGUAAAUUAGAUUCCUAAGGCUUGGCACUGGUUGAUUUGUCCUGAAAAGAAAAGCCUUGCUAGAUCAGGCCAUAAGCCCAUUUAUUCUAGCAUCUUAUACUCACAGUGGCCAUCCAGAUUCCUCCGAAAAGCCAGCAAACAGGACCCGGGUGCCACGACAUUUACCCCACGUGCGAUUCCCAGCAAUUGUCCUGCCUACAUAUAAAUUUCUCCCAGUCUAAAUAUUUAGCCAUCAUUCCCAUAAUGCUUCACUGGUAUGUGGACUUAAAUGCUUUGCUGAACCUGAUUAAGAUUUUGGAAAGAUGUGUACACCACUCACCUGACUCUUCCUAUACACAUUUGCUACUUUAUCCACCAGUCAUCAUCAUAAUACUGCUGAUAACUAGCUGAUUUAACCCAACUGACUGUUGUUGUGACAUACAGACAAGUUGACUGUAGUUCAGUCCUAGGCAGGGAAUCCUUUGAAAUAUUCCAUUUAGCCAUUCAGUUAAAGGUUCUCCUUUUUCUCUGUAGCUUUUAUUUUUAAAUUUGCGGGAAUACCUGCGUAUAUUAAUUUUCUUGCUGCUUGUCAAAUGGUGGCUCAAGGGAUUAUUUGACUCAUUUUUGCUGUGGAUAGAUUUGUAGUAAACCUACCUGGGCAGGCAUCUCAUUAAGCUCAAUGGGACUUACAUCUCAGCAGGACUUACCAUAACAGCCCAAACCUUAUCAUGUCUGCUCAGAAGUGUGUCCCAUUGAACUCAGUAGGGCUUUCUCUAGGGAAAGUGGACAGACGAUUGCCACCUAAAGAGCCCGUUGCAAUAUAAACCAAUAAGGAAACCCGUGUCUCUAUUGCAUUGGUAACAGUAGCACAUACAUCUGUGUAAUGCCUUGGUCUCUGUUGGCAGAGAGGAGCAGACUGAGUGUCAACAAAGGUUAGUUAUAAUUGUCUGCAUGUACUUUCUUAUCUAGUCCCAGUCAGAAACCAUUCCUUUCUCCCCAACCCUUAUUUGAUGUGAUUUUUCAGCAUUGCAAAUGUUUAACUGUUCCACAAAUGUAAGGAUUCAGUUAUUAUAAAAUCUUUUAGCCUGUGUAAGAAAAAAUCCAACUAGCAAACAAAUAUCUGAAAUAAAUAAAUUAUGGUGGAGGGAGGCAAAACAACAACAUUUUUUGAGUGCCGUCCACUUCCCUAACUAGCUAAAAGCUCAGUGAUGGUGUUAGGUUGCAGUCCCUGCCUUUUAAACCCUUCUCUAGUUAGUCUGAGAUGUGAAUCACUAAACAGAAUGACAAUAUCUUUGGAUGUCAAUAUCCUUCAACUCAUGGCUGCAUUUACUUUCAUUGUUCUUAUAUUAUUAUAUUUGUCUUAUUAAUGUCUUAUUAGCUCCGCUAGUAGAGCAUGAGACUCUUCGUCUCAGGGUUGGGGGUUUGAGUCCCAAGUUGGGCAAAAGAUUUGUGCGUUGCCAGGGGUUGGACUAGAUGACCCUACAAUUCUAUGAUUAUUUGAUAUCUUUAACACAUUUAGGCCACAAUUCUAAAUUUACUUAUUAGUGGCCUGGAUGAGGCUCGCUGAAUGUAAUGAAACUUAUUUCAGAGUACAAAAAACAACAACAAGAGUUUAGGAUGGAUCUGUACUGUGGAUACUGGUAUUUUUAUGGGUCUGCUAAUGCAUUCCCUACAGCGAAGAGAGCUGGAUGCUACCUUAUGCUUGCGUUUUGUACUAAAAAGUGCUUAUGAAAGCUCAUCGUUUAAGGCAGAGGUCUGGAUAAUAUUCAGCUCCCUUUUAGCCUUGGGUCCCUUGGUAUUUGCCCUGCAUGCAUAGUUCUGGUUUUAGGAGUGUAUUCACAGCAUGUCUCAGUGGCUUCCACGAGGACAACCCAUGGGCCAAAUCAACAUGGCUGCCUUGUGAAGAAAAAAAAGGGGGGAAACACCACCAAUGUACGCCUUUACUUGUUUAGCCUUGUUUGCUUUUGCUAACAGAGACUUCCUUGUGUCUCUCGCCACUAACAUGGCUCUACACGCUUUCCUCAUUUUUUAAAUACUCUGCUGCCGCCAACGCUUCAAAAUCAGCAGAAAUAUUUUAAAAUAAAUACUACACCAAAAUACACUUACACUUUUUUUAAAAAAAGAACUUUCCUAAGAAGGAAAACUGAAAUGCAACUUUACUUUGCAGUUCUGACGUGGGAGCAUUUGAGCCUUUAGAAGGAAGUUCGUCUUCCUGGGCUCUGUUGCGUGGAAAGGCAGUAUACCACUACUCAUCUAUUAUUGUCAUUAUUAUUUUGAUUCUACACACACAUAUAUAAAUCAGAGAGGUCACACCAUUUACCAAAUACUAUAGUUCUGUGACUUCCGCUCCUUUCAUUGUGGCUUGGGUAGGUUUGUGUUUUUUUCGCAUAAGUGGCCAGUUUCAAAUAAUAGGGGCUGCACAGUGGCACCAUGUGUGGUGGAUCGCUCCCAGAAAGAUUCCAUUGUUGCUGUUCCACUUGAGUUGGGAAGGGUGAGAGAUAGCAAGCAGACUAUAAGAGUUCCAAACCUCUGGUUUGCCACUAGAGGGUCUUAUCUCUCUCCCCCCGACGCUGCUUUGGUAUGUCACAGCAGCGGUGCUACUAUUACAUUUUAAAGAAGGGGGUGGAUAAAAUGUAUUUGCUGGAUAUUACUGGACUCCAUUUUCUAUUAACGCUGACCAUUGGUCAUGUUGGCUGGAGCUGGUGGAAGUUGGAAUUCAACAAUGAAUGGAGGACUACAGCUUCGCCACCCCUUGUUUUAGAGGAAUGAGAAAGGUGGUGGAAGGAAGGAAAGAUGGGGGCAGGGGAGAGGAAUGGUGGAAUUGUGUAUAAGUAAGUCCCAUGUUGCACAGGUUGGUCCUAGGUCCAGAAGAGUGGAUGUGUGGCAUUCUAGAGCCAUUGCUUCAGGCUGUUUUCACUCAUGACAUGAGGUUUAAAAUGUGAGUGGAAAACGUGCACUUGGCCAGAAUGACAAUGCCGCUCCUCUGCGUUAUAUUCUGCAUUGGGAACAAACAAACAGGCAAGAGAGAUGUAAAGGUAUUUAAACUGCAGAUAUGAAGAAACUUACAGCACCUCGUUUGGGAAUUGGGAUCAAAUGGUGACUGGCCUUGGUGCCCCCAAAAGCUGAUGCAUUAAAGUCAAAUGAUGAAUCACUUUGGCAAAAUAUAAAUACCACUUGCUCCUCUUAUUUUGACCUGUGGUGUGGUUGUGCUCUGCUUGUGCUGUUAGUAGUUUCCACAUCCUUUCCUUUCUGUGACUACAUUCUGUAGUAAAAACAGGAGUUCCAAACAAAUUUUUAUAUUAUUUUAAAGAUUUAUUAGGCUCCACAGUAGCCUUUCUUUCCCCCUUCAAGGAAUGCAAAACUAUUGCCUGAAUUUCCAGAUUUCUGUUGUUUUAAGGGACACCCAAUAACAUUACAGUCCCGCAAAACAUAGCAAAUACUGUUGCACUCAUGUCCUGCUUGCGGACUUCCAGUGGGCAUAUUUUUGGCCACUGUGAGAACUGGAUGCAGGAUUAGAUGGGCCUUUAGUUUGAGCCAGCAUGGCGCUUCUUACGUUUUAACAACAACUAGGCUGUUUACACACUGUAUCUUGCAUAAAUCGUAAUGCACGUCCUUUGUUUCCAACCCCAUGGUUCCAAAACUUUCCUUAUUCCCGAAGUGUUGAUCUGUCAAUCCAGUCCUGCGACACAUGCUCCUCAGAUACAAAAUGAUUAUAGAAUGACAUUGAUCCCUUUAUCACGACUGCCAAAGAUGAAUGCUAGUGUCCGGAAGAUAGGAAUCAUACUUCCUCUCCAUUUUAAAGUAUCUUCCAUGAAAGAUGUUUCCCUGGGUGAAAGCCAGGGAGCUGUAGUUUGCUUCAAAUGUGCCCAUGCUUCUCUUCCUCUAUCCUCUACAUGUGCGCGCACACAUGCGCCCGCACCAAAGUCAGUCACUGCACUAGGGGAACUGCUGUCUAUAGAGAUAGACAUCAAGGGGCAGGGCAUUAUUCAUUGUGGUAAUAUCUGCACAUCAACACGACCUGGGAGUUCAUUGGGGGAAAACCUGCAAUUAGUACUACCAAAUACACUUAGAAUUGUAAAGGUAGGCAGCACUUUAAAUUUGCAAUGUGCUUUAGGUCAUCUUUCCCACAAUAAGCCUAUAAGUUACUGUAUUUUUUGCUCUAUAAGACUCACUUUUUCCCUCCUAAAAAGUAAGGGGAAAUGUGUGUGCGUCUUAUGGAGCGAAUGCAGGUUGUGCAGCUAUCCCAGAAGCCAGAACAGCAAGAGGGAUUGCUGCUUUCACUGCGUAGCGAUCCCUCUUGCUGUUCUGGCUUCUGAGAUUCAGAAUAUUUUUUUUCUUGUUUUCCUCCUCCAAAAACUAGGUGCGUCUUGUGGUCUGGUGCGUCUUUUAGAGCGAAAAAUACGGUAUGUCUUGUUUUAUGGUAGGGUAGCCAUGUGUCCUGCCUUACAUACCUCUGUUCGGAAAGAAAGCCCUCUAUUUGAAGAGUUGUUGUUGUUGUUGUUGUUGUAUUUGUAUACCACCCUUCAUCUGAGGAUCGCAGGGCAGUUUACAAUUUGAAAACACCGGAAAUACUUAAUGUAGAAAAAAACAAAUCUGCCCCAUGUCUGGUUUAAAUAUAUGUAACUAUAGAAAGGGAGAUCGGGAGCUCAGAAGCCACUAAUCAAAAUUAGCCACCCCUGGUCAGUAAAAAGCAGGCACACCAGUCACUUGGUGUCUUCCCCACUAUAGUGUGAUGUACAGUGGUACCUCGGGUUACAGACGCUUCAGGUUACAGACUCCGCUAACCCAGAAAUAGUACCUCGGGUUAAGAACUUUGCUUCAGGAUGAGAACAUAAAUCACGCGGUGGUGGCGGAAGGCCCCAUUAGCUAAGGUGGUACCUCAGGUUAAGAACAGUUUCAGGUUAAGAACGGACAUCCAGAACCAAUUAAGUUCUUAACCCGAGGUACCACUGUAUUGUAGUUCUUCUUAAAUUAUAGGAAUUAUUUCUAGAGCCAUGUCUAUACAUAUGAAUUUCGUUAUAUGCAUGUUAUGCGAAGUGAUAUUUUUUUUUGUCCAUGCAAAUCCUCUUUUUUGGCAGUCCAUAACUGGCCACCCUAUUUUACUGAUGAGGAGCUGGGAGUGACUUAUCCAAUACCCCCUCCCUCGCUGCAUAAACGCACCAGGUCUGUAGCUGAGUUGAGCUUUAACUAAAUAGAUCUCUCAGCUACUGGGCCCUGCUGGUUCUUAAAAGCAAAGGCCAGUUACUUCAUCCACGAUUAAUUUCCUUCACAGAUGUAUAUUUUACUUAGGAAAUCACAUGCACAUUCCUCAAGAGUCCAUUUUCUUAAGUGAGGAACGCACAUGUAGCAAUGCAGACGUGUUACAUUCAUUACAACUGAUAGUGCACAUGUGGGUUACAUGUAAUUCGCUUCAGAAAAAGUAUGUGCAGCCUGUGUCUCUAUUUUGCAUGGCAGUGUACAUAUAUUUGGAAUCUGUGCCUUCUUCUCUUUGCUCAUGAUUUUGCAGAGAACCUGUUUGUCUUUUGAAAUGUUGCUGUCAGGCAGUGUAGUAAUUGGGGUCGCUGUACACUGACGGAAUCAACAGUUGCACAGGCAUCGGCAGGCUUGUGAGCGUGGCAGAAUAAAUCUGAGUGAAGCACACACAACUGCUAUCCAUCCCGUGGGCAAGUCAUGAUAAAACCACACCUCUGGGAGACAUAAACAGGCCUUUGAGUGGUUUGCUGAUUACUCUCCCACUGGUUUGUUGUGUGCCUUCCCCAUAUGCUUACCGUGUGCCUUGCGUUUUAAUCGUAUUCAACUGAAUCCUACUCGAAGUAGAAUCAAUGGAAUUAGUGAACCUACAUUAGUGGUGUCCAUUACUUUUGAUGGGUCUACUCUGAGUAGGACGAGCUUUGAAUACCUCCCAUCACAAUUAUUGUUGACAAUGUGAAGGGCAAUUACAAGGGAAACAGACUCUGUGGCAACAUCCGUGAUGCUAACGGCUUCAUUUUCAUGCUGUAAUUAAUCUUAAUUCCCAGUUAUUUAUCUCCUUUGUUAAGAAUAGCUGUUUUACAGACUAAAAAGCAUGAUGUCUUCUCAUGAUGCUCCAUUUUACUGCUGGCUCUUCUGGUGGUAACUGAGGCUGAAAUCCUAACCCUGUUUACCUGGGAGUAAGCCACAUUGAAUUCAGUGGAACUUACUUCUGAGUAGACAUGGUAUGGGUUGCUGCCUAAAUCAUCAGACCACUCUUCACAUGCUACAGCUUGACUUAAGCUCAAGGUCACCAGAACUCAGCCCUGUAACAAAAUUUUAGAGCUGCCCAACCUUGGAAUAUAUGGAAUUAUAAAUGUGUAUGUCUUGAUGUGUUUUUAAUUCUUGUAAUCGCUUGUAAGCUGCUGUGGAAAAAAAUAUAUUUUGAAAUGAGGGAUAACAACAACAACCAACAGAAGCAGCAAUGUGAGAUGUUAAGGUCCUACGGCACAGCUUUCAGGGUCAGCUUCAGUUGUAACUUCUAGAAAUGAACCCCUAGAUGCAGCAAGGAGAAAAAGGAAUUAGAGACCUCCACCCUAGUUACGGUGCUUCCAGAUUAUCACUAUUUUAGGGCGGGAUUCAAUCACAUACAAGCAAAUUCAAGUUGUGCGGUUAUCACUGACUCAGACUUGGGGAGGUCUUUCACAACAAAUCCACUCCCCACCCCCUGCAAAAUCUGACUUCUUUGCGAAAAGGAAAAUGCUGAGUAAAUAGAAUCAUAGCAUGCACUGGGAAGUGUGCUAUAAUACUUGCUUUGACACGGUGUCAGCUAACCUCCUUGUAAACAAAUCAAAAUGAAUGCUCAAUAAACAGGCUGUUUGGAAGCACCCUUAAAUAAAGAAGCUACAAGGGGUGUGUGUGUGUGUGUGUGCGAAUGCAUACGUGUUUCUUUCCACUUGUCGGCUUGCCACCUAAUGAUCCAGUUUCCCAGCUGAAUGUUUCAUCUGUCUCUAUUAUAAAGUAUUAUUAUUAUUUUUUUAGUUGUAAUCCUUCUCAGAAAAUGUGGAAAUUUAGGCUGCUGGGGUUAAUCUGUGAUAGACGAUUCAAACGUGCAGGUUAUCACUGGAUAUUUCAGCUAACAAUAAUGCUUCAUUGGGAGCUUAAAUGCAGCGGAAAUUAAACUGUUGCCCCCCCCCCUGCCAUUUUGCCAACUUUGGUGAGGCUAAUUAUAUAGAGCUGAUUUCUUUUCUUUUUCUUUUUCUAAGAAAAGCAUCAACCUAGAGUAAUUUUGAAAUUAAAUCUAGCUGGUUAGUUGACGCUUUUCAACAUCUUCCUGUAAAUAACAAGUGUCGGUAUCCUGUGCCUCAGACUGAAUGCCAGGAAAUUGCUGGGCCCAGGAUAGCUGCCAAAUUCACUUGGCCUUCCCUAGGGUGGGGUGUGUGUAUAACCUGUGGACCACAACUACCAUCAUCUGGCCAUGCUGGCUGGCGCUGAUGGAAGCUGGAGUCCAAUGAAAUCUGAUAGUUCCCUACCCUGCCAUAAGAAAACCCGAAUCCUUCUAACUUAGUCAAAUCCUAGAAUGAUACUCUUUAAGGAUGAUUCCGGGUGGGUAUCUAUUGUGGGGCAGGUUAUCGUUAGGCAUACAUUUUUUGCAGCACUUUCACAACUUCAUAGGCAUCAAGAGGUCUCUGUGGCGCAAUGGGUCAGUGUGUCUGGCUGUUGGCCAGAAGGUUGGUGGUUCAAGCCCACUCAGGGGUGACUAGGGGGAGAAUUCCUGCAUUGCAAGGAGGUUGAACUCGAAGACCCUCAGAGUUCCUUCCAACUCUACAGUUUUAUGAUUCUAUCCCAUAUUUCCCACUUUGAUCUGGAUUUACCUUUCCGUAAGAACUCACAAAGUUAAGGCAACUUAUUUGCAAUAUCUGAGUACAAUAUUAAGUCUGAAUCUGGAAGCACUCUUAAGUCUGAAAGGAUGAUCCUAGGCGUGACUAUGCAGAAGUCAGUCCCACUUAGUCGAGUUGAACGUAAAGAGAAGUUGAAGAGGUAGACCGAAGACAGUCAAAACAGUGAUAUGGAGGGAGAAACGGGGACCAUUGCCAAUACUCAAUGGUGCCAGACCUAUGGGAACUGAAGUUGUGGCUUUCAUACACGCACACAUGCAUGCAGGGUAUCUACAGACAUUCUCCCAAAAAGCCUGUAAACAGGAGCCUCGCCCUUUUGGAAGCAAGACAAAACAAUUAUCAGUAUCUGGCAUAAUGCAGCAGGAGAUCAAACUUGUUUCACUGCUUGAAAAAUGCAACGCCAAGAUACUGGUGUCCGCAGCAGCACCCUCUACUGGACAAGAAGUCAAAUAACAAACAAUUGGUCACAGGAACCAGCCGCAGAGGAGUAGCUGUUAUUGCUACAAAGGAGGAAAAGAGGGAGGGAGGAGAGUGUUGAGGCACAUUAAACACAAAUUAAUUUCUUGCUACAUGAAUUUAUGAAACAAGUGAGAUGAACCAAGGCGCAUUAGAAAUGCUCCCUGAAGCGCCUUCGUUUCAGUUGAACGUGCCCAAGCAUUUCAGGAAGCAAUCUGGUCACAAAGAGAAGUUAACUUUCGAGGCAUAUAUAUACACACGAAACAUAUAUCUGUAUUAUAGCAGUUUAAAGGUUUCCCCAGACAGUCCUUGGGAGAUGUAGUUUAGUGAAGGUUCUGAUAAUUAUGUUAGAAAUCCAUAGGCAUGGACAAGUCUAUCCCGUUUCUCGGUUUCUCAGUAUUAAGUUCAAUUCUCCACAUUUUCAUAUCAGUUUUCUUUUAAUUAAAGAAGCUCUUGUGAAAAUUCGCUUCAUGUUUGUGCCAUUUUUUCUCUAAUAUACCCAAUUUUGCAAAACAAUUCCCCCCUAAUAUAAUGCAUUUUUGUACGUUGUUUUCACAAACAUAUGCAAUCGCAUGCACGCUUUAUCCUAGUAUGCACACUUAUGCACAGAUUGCUUGGAUGCAGAACUGCAUUGCAAAAUUCGGAGAAGUGAGAAUUCAGAAGGGUGGUUGUGUUUCGGUUUGUGUGCUGUUUCAGAAAGUGCGAAUAAGGCAGAUUCACCUUGAAGUACAAACUGAAUCGAACUUCUUCCGCAAACCCCUCUCCCAUCGCUAGAGAUUCCUAUGCUCCUCACAGGACUAUGGUUCACAGGAAGAGGGGGGUUACUUGUUAACCCAUUCUACGCCUGUAAAUAAUAGGCCCUCAGAUUGAGCCUUUCCAUACAAUAACUCAAAGUGUGCCCUGGCCAUGUUUCACCUGUUCUGCAGUACUUGCACAAGUGAUGCAACCAGCAGCAGUGCCUCAGUAUCCCAUCUCUGCAUCCCAGUUGUAAACAUAACAAGUGUGUUGUGGAAGUGGAAUAUUUUUUACUGUUUAUUGCAUCCUCUCUCUCUCUCUCUCUCUCUCUCUCUCUCUCUCUCUCUCUGAAUGCCACAAUGCACAUGCUUCUCUUCAUGAUUUGGGAGAACACAGCUUUCAAACCCAAAACCUAAAAUGAAGCAUUAAAAAAACCAAAACCCAGACAAACCCCGAAAUGGAUCUGGCAACCAAUAGAAUGUGAGGGAGAGAGGGAGGAGCUGUUUUCUGCCAGGAAUGACAUCACAGACGGCUGGGCCCAACAGGUGCCUAUGACCCUCAUGCAAUAACCAUCCAUGUGCUACAUUGACAAGGGCUAUAAAUAGUGCCGAGUGUCGUGACACUUGUGACAUCGCAAGAACAAAAGCACAGCCUGAGCUUCAUGCCCACAGACUGUGCUCCACAAAUGGCAGAUAAUUGUAGAUAUCUUCCACAUUCAGUUCACCUUGCAAUUAUGGGAACUACUUUCGCACAUAGUUCAGAGCUUUUUGAAUGAAUUUCGCUAAGCUAAAAUAAAGUUUUAAAAGGUGUGACUGGCAAGAAGCCACCAACAGCAUACAAACUGAUACGGCUAACUUGACCCAACAACCCUCCCCCCCCCAUAGAAAGAAAACUCACAGCAGUCGGCUGAAGGCAACUAACCAUACCCUGAGUCCCCAACCACUCUCAACGCCAAUGAAAACUAAUUAUUGAAUAGAAAGGGAACCUACACAUGUGUACCUGACACAGAAAUAUCACACAUACACUAUGUAAAAGAAUGAAAGUUUACUACCCCCUUUUUCUCUCCCCAGUUUUCUCUCCCUACCUCUUUUCUUCCCCAACCUUCUACUGUAUGCAGCAUCAAAGUCUCAUAUCGAAUAUAAAUGAUCUGAAAAAAGGACUUUAUGAUCAGAAAACAGAAACGAUGUAUGUACUUUUGUAACCCAAGAAAGUCUUAAUAAAAAUAUUUUUUUUUUAAAAAAAGAUGUGCAUGGCUUUGAAUAAAAUUGAUGCUUCCUAAAUUCCCAGAAUCGGCCUGCAUGCCAGGCCUUAGACUGUGAACAUGUGAAAAAAUAUUAAAGGUGCCUUUGAAUAAGUAUAUUUCCCUUAAGUGAUAGCUUCCCCUUUAAGGCAGAAUACAUCCCUUAGGACUUGCAUGUUUAUUGUGGCAUAUGCUUUUAUAUGUUAGGGUGCCCCUUCGUGAUCCUCAGCAUGUUGGUGUACAAAUCUCUCUCUCUCUCUCUCUCUCUCUCUCUCUCUCUGUGUGUGUGUGUGUGUGUGUAAGUGUAUGCAAGUGUGCAUAUGUCUGUAAGUGUGUGUAUAUACAUGUGUGUUGUUUUUUCUCUGGGCACUGGGAAAAAGGAGCCCUUUCUCAGCACUCAAAGAGAGAAAACAGCAAGCUGGCCAUGUAGGGAACUUCCUGCAUUUUGUUUUCCUCUCUGCGAAUGAGCAUGAAGUGACAGGAGGGGUCUGGGAGGUCUGAUCCAGCCUUAUAGUUCCCCACCUCUGAUGUAGAGAGCAAAAACUGUCAACAGUGGCAUCAAAUGGUUAAAAUUUAUAGCCCGCUGCUCUGCUUAUUUUGCAUAUGCGUUAAUUGAAUUGUCACAAAUGCAUUUAAAAACUUAAAUGUACGUAUUCAAAAUAAGCACAGUUAAUUACUCACACCUAUAAUGAGACAGGAAACCACUGUCUCCAUUCAAGUCUGAGUGGAUAGCAACUAACGUUUUUAUAAGUUAGCAGAUUCAUGCUCAAGUCUCUUUAAAGUUCCUUUGGUCUCUCUCUUCUGCAUUCGGUGCAUGGCAAAAUAGGAUGUAAAAGUCUUUGGGGUAUGUAAAUAUGGAGGAUCCUCUCUCGGAGCAGCAUGAAAUGAAUCCAUUGGCUGCCAUAGAUUUGGGGUUUUUUAUUCCAUGCCUGCAUGCUAGAGGCAAGAGGCCUAUCAAAUAUAACAGAUGAGUUGAUGGGAUCUCAGCAUGUGGGUAACAGCUGAAUCUUUCUCGGCACCCACCGCUCUGAGCAAAUUGUCCCUUGGAGCAGUGCUUGCAACAUCUGCAUUGGGUCUGUACACACACAUGCAUAGAUACAACUGAUCUCUUCCCCCACUCUAUUCCCUGCCUUAAUUCUCCUCAUUGCUCUCUAUGGGACCAAUGACUGAGCCCUUCUUAUAGCACUGACUCAGCUGUAGCAGACACCGAUGAGUAAAGAGGCUUGGCAAAAUAUAUCAGCUGCAUCCUUUGCAGUCACCCACUAAUAGAGCCACUACACUAUAGACAUACUGUAUUUUUCCAUGUAUAAGACUAGGUUUUUUCCCCUAAAAAAUAAUGUCCAAAAUUUGGGGGCAUCUUAUACACAGAUAGAAUAGAUCUCCCCCCAUUUUCUUAAAUCAGAGUCCCCCAAAAUAGGGGGUGUCUUAUACAUGGGGGCAUCUUAUAGAUGGAAAAAUACUAUACUUUGGCACAGAUGGCCAAGGUGGUGCCCUCCAUAUGCAUACCCUCCCACUGCCCCCACAAUGCCAGGAUCAUCACGAAAACCCUUAAGCCAUUACAGCAUCUCACUUCCUCACACAGUCCCAAAUUCCCAAGGGCCCUUCCCUUCAGUACAGCAUUUCAAUGUGUUACUAGAAGUUCAGUUCUGUGCAUCCUUCUAACACAUUUAUUAGAUGCGCUCAAUAUGGCGUCACUUCCUGUUUUUAUGAAAACAAGUCACCUGAAUGCCCCCAAGAAAGUUUUUCACCAUUUCCCUGCCCCUCAGUCGGUCGGACUCUCAUAAAGAAAGUGGAGAGUGGGGGAGCGAAGGGGGGUGGGGCCUUCUGCAAGGCCAUUGCCAUGGCUGCAAGGGGUGUUGUGGGAGCUGAAGAGCAGCCAUUAUGGUCACUUGGCUCCAGCUUGGUUCGUUCGGCCACUGUGUCUGAGUCCAUGCCCUAGCCUCUGAGGAGAAGGAGGCACGGGGGAUAGCAAUGAUGACAUUGAUGUAGACUAUGUCCCUAUUUUCACCUGAGGAAUGUUGGAGGGUAUGCCGUAUGUUGUCAGGCCCCAGCUCCCAUCAACUCCAGCCAGUAGCAGUUAGGGAGGAUAUGAGUUGUAGCAUGGUGGUGAUGUGGGGGGGGGGGGGAGUAGGUAAAGGAUCCCUGAACGGUUAAGUCCAGUCAAAAUCAACUCUGGGGUUGUGGCGCUCAUCUCGCUUUCAGGCUGAGGGAGCCGGCGUUUGUCCACAGACAGCUUUCCAGGUCAUGUGGCCAGCAUGACUAAACCGCUUCUGGUGCAAUGGAAACUCCGUGACAGAAGCCAGAGCGCAUGGAAACAUCCUUUACCUUCCCGCCGGUGCGGUACCUAUUUAUCUACUUGCACUGGUGUGCUUUUGAACUGCUAGGUUGGCAGGAGCAGGGACUGAGCAAUGGGAGCUCACCCCCGUUGCAGGGAAUCGAACCACCGACCUUCUGAUUGGCAAGUCCAAGAGGCUCAGUGAUUUAGACUAGUUGCAUGUGCUACGACUACAAACGUAGAAGCCACGGCAAUGGAUCCCCUCCGUGAUCACAAAACUGGAGUGUAGAUGCCACUCUGGCUGCAUCAAAAAGUAUUCUGCCUAUGGGGAGGAAGGAGGAGAAGGUCCAGUUAAAGCUGCCUUAAUACCAAUUGCAUUUACAUGCCAAUCUUUCUUUCUUUCUUUCCUGGGUGCCUGCAAAAAUUCCAUUGCACGAAAGGUCAUGAAGUAGGGGGGACGCCAAGGCAGGAAACGAGUGAAAUCCAAAUCCCGCAAAUCUCCUGGCCUCUCUGCCUGCUCAUACCGGUUUCCCUUUGCUAAAGCUGAUUUGAAGUUCUGAUCCCCAGGAAGAACAAAGGGAAGCCAGGUGACAUAGCAGGAGAAGACAAGGGCAGGGUUGGGCCACGGGGUGGGGUGGGAGGAACGGAAAGAGGACUUGGUUGCACAAUGCAGUCAGGGAAUCUCAAGAGCAAGGCUGCUAUCAAGCACUGCAGUUCAAAUCUGGAGUUCACUGUUUCUGUGGCUUGUUUCCUCCUGACAAACAUGUAUCUGUAAUACUGCACAUGAUACAUUUUUCACAGUAAAAGGAAAUGACAUCCUAAACUCAGAAGAAGCAAUAUGGUUAGGCACACGUGGGUGCCAUAACGGAAAAAUCCAUCCCUGUGCAUGCAUUGGGGGUUGUAGCUCAGGGUAGAACAUCAUGCAGAAGAUCCCAGUUUCCAUUCCCAGUAUCCCUAGGUAAGGCUGGGUAAAGCCUUCUAGCUGAAACCCCAGAGAGCAGCUGUCUGUCAGUGUAGGCAGUACUGAACUAGAUAGCCCAAUACUCUGACUGACUAUAAGGCAACGUCCUAUGUCCACUAGCAUAAGCAAGGGCUGGAAGCUCUGGAAAGCUUGCAGAAACCCAGUUCCCCACCGGCUUGUACUCAGACCCCCCAAGUGUCCCUAUUUUCCAGGGACGUCCCUGAUUUAGAGAAGCCGUCCAGGUUUCUGAUUUGAUGCCAAAAUGUCCCACUUUUCCUUAGGAUGUCCCUAUUUUCACUGGAGAAAUGUUGGAGGGUAUGGAAUUAUCUGACCCCCAAGCCGUCUGAAGAAAAUCCUGUAUAGGGAAGGUUUUUUUUAAUGUUUAUUGUUUUAUCAUGAUUUUAUAUAGGUUGGAAGCUUCCCAGAGUGGCUGGGGCAACCUAGUAAGAUGUGUGGGGUAAUUAUCAUUAUGAAAUGGGACAUCCCUAUUUUCAUUGGAGAAAUGUUGGAGUGUAUGUUGUACUUAGUACCUCCCAGGUUUAAAAAAGGCUGGAUCCUUUGCUGGAAUGAGUUUUUGCUUCCUCCAGUGUCAGAAAAAACCUAAUUAUGCCAUCCUAAAUUGUUCCAAGCACGAUUAUUCAACGAGUCUAAGCCCAGCUCCUCAUUGUCUCCAAAAAGCGGGAGACCCAAGAAUUAAAACUAUCUGGAAACCUGUUUGGCGACUUUGGGCAGAUCCAAAUCAUACAUUUAAAGCACAUCCAGUGUACAUUUAAAACUUAUGACUUCCCUGAAAGAAUCCUGGGAACUGUAGGUUUCCUACUCACAGAGCUACAAUUUGCAGAGCCCUUAACGAACUACAGUUCCCCAGAUUCUUUGGGGGAAGUCAUGUGCUUUCACUGUGUGUUGGGUGUGCUUUAAAUAUAAAGGUGCCAGGCAAAAACAUCCCUCUUCCCUCAGGCCUUUGGCUAAUUAAACGAUCUAUAACCUUUUAAACUGUUUGGGGGAAGUAUUGUUUUGUUUGUUGCUAUGUUAUGUAUUCAUGUAUUUUUACAUUGAAAGCUGCCCUGUGAUCCUCAGAGGAAGGAUGGUAUAGAAAUUUAAUUUAAAAUAAAUAAAUAAAGUAAAUAAAUAUGGUGUGGAUCCACCUAAAGCACCCAGAAAAGGUUUCAAAAUGGCUUUGAUUCCAAAGUCUGCUGCUUCUUGGAAACCAUCAGGAAUUGAGUCUUGGACUCAUUGAAUAACUGUGCUAGGAGCAGCAAUUCAGGAUGAGAGAAUUAGGGUCCUUGGGGACAUUUGUGUGUGAUAAAUAGGGGCGGGAAGGAGACACAGGAAAGCUGGUGCUGAACUCAGGGUGACUCAAUCGUUUUAAUCUCCUGGAUUAAAGCCAUGGUUGGAAUGCAGUUAUGUGGCGGAGACCCUCUCAGCCUGGUGUGAAGUUAGGUCAGCUCCACUAGAGGUACCACUGAAGGACAUCCUGCCCGAGAGAGAAAAGGAGAAGCUCAAUCCAGGGCUGGCCCAGGCCUUUUGCUCGCUGAAGUGAAGUGCAAAAUGGUGUCCCUACCUUUGUGUACAGAAGCGGACUGGACUGGCAGUUGGGUCAUAAUUCAACCUUGGUGAACGAGGCAGCACCCUCUAUGGCUUCAUUGGAUAGCAGAGGCAUUUCAGGCAGGCAGGCAGGGCAGGUUCCCCCAACACCUUGCUGCCACUCCUCACCCAUCAGCAUCUGCUGCCUGAGGCAGCGUCCUCAGUCUGCCCAAUGGCCUUAACAGUUUUUAAUACUGUAUUUUUAAAUUGUUGUAACUAGCCCCGAGAUAAGAUGGUGAAGGGCGGGUGAGAAAUGUUGUUGUUGUUGUUGUUAGGGCCUGACUAAAUCAGUCUUAAGUCUGCCACUACUUUUGCUAUGGGCUGCUUUGUGUUCAUUAUUCCUGCCAUUAGCUCUUUCCCCCUUUUUAUUUCUUUGUCCUGAGUUUAUUUACUUUCUAGCAAUAGACUCUGCAGAAAGUUUGGUUCUGCAUUUGCAUAGGCCCUUAGAAGCUUCUUCAGUUUAUACUUUCUCCAGAAGUUAAUUCAAAUUUUCAACUAGAGAUCUUGCAUAUAAAUGAAAAAAAUUGCAUGUGAGAUAUUACAGCUAGGUCUGUCUUGACUGGAAAUGUCACCCAAGAAGCUUUCACACCCUGGAGCUUUUCUGUUUCCUAUAGAACACAGAACGGCAUUUGGGUUGGUGGGGAAUGACAGUCAAUCUGUGUUGCAAGAUAGAAUGACUAUGGAACCAUAUUCAGAACAGAAGACAACUCCGAAACUGGAAUUCUGGAAUCUACAAAAGUUGUGUAAAUUAUGUUUGAGCAAAUUAGAUGGGCUAAAUAAGCAUAUUUGGGAACAAAGAUAAGAAACGUGGUCCACUCCAUGCUGUUUCUUAUGAGGGAAACUGACAACAAGCAUGUACACGACACCUUGAUUAAAAUCUGGUAAGAGUUGCCAGGGUCCAGGAAAAAAAUUACUCUAGGGUCACCAUUUAGCCAUCCCUGAUGUAGUAUGAAAAAAGGUUGUGGUCAAAGCUUGAUAGCACCUGCAAAAGAGGUAUAGGAUUUUGUCUAGUCCAUGACUAAUAUGAUGAAGAGGAGUGAGAUUCUGUUUUAACUGGAGAAAACUCAAAGUGCUACAGGAGUGACCGUACCGUUCUAUAGUGUCUUUCAUCCUGUGUUUUCAAGGCUCUGUGCUGUGUAUUUAAUUAGUCACCCCAAAACAGCAUCUUAUAAAGCAGCACCUGUUAAAGAGAGUGGAAAAUGAGAUCAGAGCACAAGCACCCUAGAAUUUUGUGGGUUUUUUUAAUGCAACAAUAUCUGGGAUAAUUAAAUGGGACAGUCCCAAUUGCACAGCUUUCAAAACUACACAGAAAAAAAUAAAGAGAAUUAACACAUUUUGCCUGUGUUAGUAAAUCUAAAUAAAACUGUGCUUAAGGUCAACAACUUUGCUGGUGUGAUUGAAUUGCAAUCUACUACUAAUAAAUGGAUCAGAUGGCUCAUUGGUUGAGACUAGAAAUGUAUCAAAAAUGGGGAGCCGAUCACAUAUGCAGGUUGUUCAUAAAGUGGCCCGAAGAGCCUUACCCUGCCACUUCAAAACCUCUGAAAGGGAGUGUAUGGUUGACAGGGGUCACAAUGGAGCAAUCCACUUUCAGAACAUAUUUGCCCCUCUUUCCUCCAAUUCUAUGGCAAUGCUAUGGCUUCUGGUGGGUUUGUGGUUCCGCUUUUAACAAACUCGUUCCGCGUGUCCUCCCCCAACACCCCCUUCCUCUGCUUUCUUUAAGAUUGUUGAAUGAAAGCGACAAGCGUCCCUUCAUUGAGGAGGCGGAGCGGCUGCGAAUGCAACACAAGAAGGACCACCCUGAUUACAAGUACCAGCCGCGCCGGCGGAAAAAUGGCAAGGCCGCCCAGGGUGAAAAUGACAGCCAGGCCGAGGGAGAAGCUGGUGGAGCAGCUGCAAUACAGGCACAUUACAAGAACGCCCAUUUGGACCACAGGCACCCUGGGGAAGGCUCUCCCCUGUCUGACGGGCACCCUGAACACCCCUCAGGUUAGUCCCAUAAUACAGUUUAAUCCACAGACAUAGCCUGAAGAUCAGCAGCUGGGAAUAUCAGGGGUAGGCAACAUGGUGUUAUUUUUUUUUUACUCCCACUCCCAUUUCCCCCAACCAGCAUGGCCGAUGGUCAGGGAUGAUGGGAGUUGUAGUCUCACCUUCAUCUGAGGGGCAUCACUUGGCUACCCCUUGUCUAACUGUAGAGUACCAUCGUGAAAACAAAUGGUUGGUUUUGUUCCUAUUUUUCUGACCUGGCAUAGGCACAAGUGAGUUUGGCAACUUUUUAUUUUUUAAAAAACAAACCCUCAUGGUUCAUCAUUGCCAAAGUCUAAGGGCUAUAUUUAACCCAGCUGUCAUUUUGUAUUUCAUUAGCUGCUGCCCAAUUUAUUUUUGCCUCGUCUCUGAGGAACGAUGCCAGCACAGCUUUCCUACAUCUAGUGCAGAGGUUCUCAACCUGUGGGUCCACAGAUGUUGUUGGACUACUACUCCCAUCAUCCCUGAGCUCUGGACCCACAGGUUGAGAAAGGCUGAUCUAGUGCCUUCCAGAUGCUUUGGGCUCUGGCUCCCAUUGACACCAGCCAGCACGGCCAAUGAUUAAAGGUGAUGGGAGCUGCAACUCAACAACAUUUGUAGGGCUUCAAGCUAGGGAGCUGCUCUAGCAGGUCUGUGCAGCGAAGGGAGACAGGUCAGCUGCUCUCUUCUUCUGCUGUGAAGUUGUUCUCUCUACUUUAUCCGCGUCGAGGUGGUAACUGACAUCUUCUCUCGGCUUCCUCAUAUCACAGGUCAGAGCCAUGGACCUCCCACACCGCCGACCACUCCAAAGACAGAACUGCAGUCCGGUAAGGCUGACUCCAAGAGGGAGGGGCGUUCCCUUGGGGAAGGAGGAAAGCCACACAUCGACUUUGGCAAUGUGGAUAUUGGGGAGAUCAGCCACGAAGUGAUGUCCAACAUGGAGCCCUUCGACGUCAACGAGUUUGACCAGUACCUGCCGCCGAAUGGACAUGCUGCUCACCCAGGUCAUGUCGGAGGCUAUGCCACAGCUGCUGGUUAUGGCCUUGGGAGUGCCCUGGCUGCAGCCAGUGGACACUCGGCCUGGAUCUCCAAGCAGCAUGGAGUCUCCUUGUCUGCUGCCACAUCAUCGGUGGUAGACUCCAAGGCACAAGUGAAAACAGAGGGCUCUGCUCCGGGGGCCCAUUACACUGAGCAGCCCUCCACUUCACAGAUAGCAUACACCUCUCUCAGUUUGCCCCACUAUGGCUCAGCUUUCCCCUCUAUAUCCAGGCCUCAGUUUGACUACCCUGACCACCAGCCCUCAGGACCCUACUACGGCCACUCCAGUCAGGCUUCCGGCCUCUACUCGGCCUUCUCCUAUAUGGGGCCCUCCCAACGGCCCCUAUACACUGCCAUCUCUGACCCGGCACCUUCAGUGCCACAGUCUCAUAGCCCCACACACUGGGAGCAGCCUGUAUAUACGACCCUCUCGAGACCCUAGGGAACGGGGAGCAGUGACCAAAGCAGCAGCGGAAAGGCUCCGGAGAAUCAGCCCCAGAAGACGAGCCUCCGGGUCCCGAGGUCAUUCGGUGUAAUCCAGUCGCCAGAACCCACAGAAUAUCCGGGCGUGUCUAUCUUGACCGCAGUUAUCGAUCGCUCACCUGGCUGGAGGAAGGUUCCCAGCCACCCCCCACAAUCCCAGUCCUUGAUUGGCUUCCGAGGUCCCGUAGGCCUUCUAGAUGAGGACGAUUCUAGGCACGGAGCAACUAGUCAUGGCGGGUUUUUUUGUUUUUGUUCAGAAGAUCAAGGGUUUAAAACAAAAUAAAAUUGAGAGAUAAUCCCUUCCCUUCUCUCCCCCUCCCUGAAGUUGUCCAGACCCAUCAUCCUGAUGGUUUAGAAAGAAACACAAUGGACGCAAUUCUGCCACUUGCUGUGGGUGAAGGCUAGGUGGGCACCCUGGUGGGGUAAUGUUACAGGUGGAGAAGUAGAAUGGUGCAGCCGUCCGAUAUGGACCAUGCUCUAGGACAUUCCUGCUUCAGAGUCGCACGUGCAUGAAAUGUUGCUCCCCAUUGGAAGACCAACCUAUGCUUGCUUUUCCUGUUGAUAUUUGGCACCUGCGCCCACUUUACCUUAUCCAUUCCAUCGCCUCUCUGCUGCCUGGCUCUCUUAAGACUUAACUACACAGUACUUUGGACUCAGGAACUGCAUUAUAUGCUCUGGCCGCCUUUGCAUCGCAGCAUGUAAGCAUGUGCAUACAUGCUGGUCCCUUGGACCGUAAAAAAAGCAAAUGGGACUGAAUCCAACUUUGUUGUUAUGAACAUUUUGUAUUCCUAGUUUGUUUCCAACACUUUGUGGCUCCCUUCUAAACUCCCCCAGCUACCUUUCUAACAUGCCAGAAGAUACCCUACCAAAGCCAAUACUUUUCCUUCCGGCUUACAAGAGUGAUUGUGUGUCUAUAUGCGUGUGUGCACAUGUGUGUGCAGAGUGGGUGAGGGAAAGCAGAAAGAUAUCAGUGCCUGGAACGGUCAGUGUGGUUCUCCUAUUUUCAGACCAAAUGUGCAGGGAGAACUUCUAAAUGAACACAAUGCUAGAACAGACAUAUCCUCAUUCCCCCAUGAGAGACAGCUCAAGGCGUUUUGGUGCCCGAGGCAGAGCAUGCACAUGGCUUGCCAAAAACAUUAUAAACUAAAUCACCAAUCAUUUGCUCCUGCUUUCCAAAAUCUGUUGUGUGCCAGAGGCUGCCUCACCCUGCCUCCUGGCAGGACCAAUCCCUGUCACAUGUUCAAAAUUGUUAACAGCUAAGUUCUGUCUUUGCCACAACAAGGAGGACCUUGCUGGUGUAAGUGAUGUGGAAUGGGCAUUUAAAGAAGUAGGGCUGUGCAGAAUUCAGAUGAACCCAUGUUCACUUUUGAGUUUUUCAAAUGGAGGCAGCCUCCUCAGCUAAAUCAAACUUUGCCUUUAUUUUCCUCUUCUCCGUGGGCUGAUACAUGCCCAUUCCACAGCUUCAAAAAAGAAUGAGCAUGUCACUUUGAUGGCUGCCGUGACUUAAGACGGUACCCAAAACACACCCUGGAGAGGCCAGACACUGUGCAGUUGCAUGAGGAUAGACCCACAACUGGCCACCAUGUACAUUGUGGUACUCGCUGUUGUUCCUAACCCCUUUGGAUUGAGACGACUGAGGCUAACCUCCCCAAAAGUUAUGAGCUUUAUAUAUGCUUGACUCCAUUUUUCUGCUAUGGAUGAUUAUCUCUUCUCCAUGGUGUUUGAAAAGAACAUGUAGUAUGCCUGUAAUCCUUGUAUGCAUGCAAUCUAUUAACUGCUCUACACCCUUAUUUAUGGAAGUAGCACAUCCUCCCCUGUUCCCAGCACCACAACCCUCUAGCACCAUUAACUUUGCAUCAAAUGUAUGGAAUAAUAAACUUAAGAGGUUUCAG